AUGGAACUUGGCCUUUCAAUGGGACGUCGGUACGUUAUUAAAACGAUCGCAAGUAUCCCGGAAGAAGCCCUCAAGGAGAUGCGAAAGCACGCGUUCUCUCCUAAAAGGGACAAGAUCCAAAAGUUUCUUAUCGAUAACAACUAUGUUAUUACGAUGACAGAUAAGAAUCUUGGCCUCGCGGUGUCUGAACGCGACUGGAUAUUAAGGAAUGAGCUCAAUCUUCUUGAAGAUGAACGUAAUUACGAAGAGCUAGAAUUCGAAGUUGCGCAAGAAGUAAUGAAGAGCAAAAUGAUCCAGAUGCAAACUCUUGCACGUACCGUCGAAGAUGAACAUCUGUUUCUAUUUGAACUUGGGUUGUCUCGAUUCUUUCUAUCGAAUGUACCGGAAGACGGAUCAUCGUUCAAGUAUCCUCAAUUUCAUGGUAUACCUAAAAUCCACAAAAAACCUACUGGAUUUAGGCCCAUAAUUCCGUGUCACUCUGUAGUAUUUAAUCCUGCAGCCAAGUUUGUAUCAAAAGAGCUUAAGCCGAUUAUUAAAUCGACUCCUUCAAUCAUUCACGGAACGAAGGAUCUCUUUACGAGAUUAAGCCAAUUGCGUAUAGACCCCCAAACGACAAUGGAAACAACCGAGAACGAGUUCCAUGGGUAUCACAUCAUCCUUUUGGACGUCAAACGUGGCGUCUACAUUGGAGAGUUAUCCAGGUUAGCCGUGCUAUGUAGUACCAAGGAAAUCUACAUCGGAGCAAUUAGAGACCUUAACGCUCUCUAUUUGAUGCGCGGUUAUCCCGAAAACCUAGUCAUGUCUUGGUGUAAGAAGAAUAUACAAGAACGUUGGGAAAAGCGAUUCGCUUUACGAGUCGCAGAGCACGACGAAUCCAUUCUUGUACUUAAAACCAGAUUUGAUCAGGUAUGGAAUUGGUUUUCAGCUGCUGAACUUGGAAAGACUGUUACCGAGUACUGGUCGGCAUGGUAUGAACAUGCCGAGAAAGGUCUGUAUAGUGCAGACUCGUCCAGACCCCUUAUCAAACCAGAUCCAAAUUACGUUCACGACCUCGAUGAUGUUCGCCCGGAGCUGUUCACACAGAUCCUCGUGGACGGAGAAACUGAGUUCGUACCGGAUUUGAGGAAGAUAGGACUACUCGGAAGUCGUUGGAUAGUAUCGCGAAAGCGCAAUACUAAUCUUUUCGACCUUGCAAAUGUGUGGAAGAAAACAGUCUUUCGUAAACUGGAUGAAAACAUCGCUGAAAAAGGUGGUGUUGUUCCCGAAACUCAAAACGUUAAUGAAACUUAUCAUUCUGCUCUAGUUGAAGCUGCUGAACAGAUAAGUAUCGAAAGUGAUAACGAGAUAAUACUUCAUAGACGUUCAACCUCACAAGAGAGGGAACAUCCAGAAUUCGGCAGAAUAUCCAAAUCUUACAACCGAUGA